ACCUUGAAGUUUGCACUUGGUGCCAUGGAGGGACAGACCCCUGGAAGCAGAGGCCUUUUGGAAAAGCCUGUGACCGCCAGCCCCGGUCUGUCCUCACUGAGCGCUGUCUUCAUCCUCCUGAAAUCUGCGCUGGGGGCUGGCCUGCUCAACUUCCCCUGGGCCUUCUACAAGGCCGGUGGGGUGGCCCCCGCCUUCCUGGUAGAGCUGGUCUCCUUGGUCUUCCUGAUCAGUGGGCUGGUCAUCCUGGGCUAUGCCGCCUCCGUCAGUGGCCAGGCCACCUACCAGGGCGUGGUUCGAGGGCUGUGUGGACCUGCCAUCGGGAAGCUGUGUGAGGCCUGCUUCAUCGUCAACCUGCUCAUGAUCUCCGUGGCCUUCCUCAGGGUGAUCGGGGACCAGCUGGAGAAGCUGUGUGACUUCCUCCUGCCCGCCCUGCAGCCCUGGUACGCUGACCAGCGCUUCACCUUGACCCUGCUCUCCAUGCUGGUCAUCCUGCCCCUGUCCGUCCCGAGGGAGAUCAGGUUCCAGAAAGUCACGAGCUUCCUAGGCACCCUGGCCGCCUGCUACCUGGCCCUGGUCAUCGUGGCGCAGUACUACCUGAGGCCCCAGGACCUUGCUCGUGAGCCCCGUCCUGCGCUGAGUCCUUCCUCCUGGACCUCUGUGUUUAGUGUCUUCCCCACCAUCUGCUUUGGAUUUCAGUGUCACGAAGCUGCUGUCUCCAUCUACUGCAGCAUGCGCAACCGGAGCCUGUCCCACUGGGCCCUGGUCUCUGUGCUGUCCUUGCUGGCCUGCUGCCUUGUCUACUCGCUGACAGGCGUUUAUGGCUUCCUGACCUUCGGGACUGAAGUCUCUGCGGACAUCCUGAUGUCCUACCCGGGUGACGACGAGGUCAUCAUCGUGGCCCGAGUCCUCUUCGCCAUCUCCAUUGUGACCGUCUACCCCAUUGUGCUCUUCCUGGGGAGGUCGGUGAUGCAGGAUUUCUGGAGGAGGAGCUGUUGCCAGGAGUGUGGGCCCAGGGCCCUGGCCAACCCCUCGGGGCUGCUGACCGUCCUGUGGGUCACCGUGACGCUCGCCAUGGCCCUGUUCCUGCCGGACCUCAGCGAGAUCAUCGGCAUCAUCGGUGGCAUCAGUUCCUUCUUCAUCUUCAUCUUCCCAGGUCUGUGCCUCAUCUGUGCCAUCGGUACUGAGCCCGUAGGACCACGAGCCAAGUGCUGCUUGGAGGUCUGGGGAGUAGUGUCCGUGCUCGUCGGCACCUUCAUCUUUGGGCAGAGCACGGUGGCAGCCCUCUUGGAGCUCCUAUGAGGGGCGGCCACCCUGGCAGGCGGGGGGCUUCCCUGGGCCACCCUGGUCCCCGCAUGAGACCAAUGUAACCCCAUCAUAAAGAUGCUGGAGAAACUGGUACCUCUGCCUUCUCAGGUGCUCAUUGGGGCUUCUGCUUGUUGAGGGUCUCUGGUGCGAUGGUGAGGGGGGUGCUUGUCUCCGGGGGCUGCCCUAACAAGUGACCACAGGCUGGUGGCAUUUAUUCUCUCAUAGUCCAGAGGCCAAGGUGUGGGCAGGGCCAAGCUCCCUCUGAAGGCUCCAGGGGGGGAUCCUUCCUGCCGCUUCCGGCUCCAGGGGUUGCCGGCAGUCCUUGGCUUGUAGACGCAUCUCUCUCUCUCUCUGCUUUCCUCUCUGCAUGGCCUUCUUCCCCCUCUGUGUCUGUGUCCAAAUUUCCCUCCUCUUAUAAGGAUGCUGUCAUGGGAUUAGGGCCACCCUAAUUCAUCUGAAGUUACUUAAUUAUGGUCUGCAAAGAUUCUGUUUUCAAAUAAGGUCACAUUCACAGGUUCCAGGGAUAGGACUUAAUAUUUCUGGGGUACACAAUUCAAUUCAGGGGGCUGAGGCCCAGAGAGCCCUGCUUUGUGGCACCAGGAUCAAAGACAUGGGGUGAGGGUAGCACACACAGAGCCCCAAAAGGGAUUUCCAGUGGCAUCCACUGGACAUGGAGGUGGACUCAGGCUGGUCCUCGGCCAGGGCACAGGGAAUGUGGGAGAUGCCCAAGGUGGUGAAUGCCCAGAACUGGCCACACAACCCUGCACCUGGCCCACGCUCCAGUGGGGUAUCCCGAGGAGAGCCCCCUUUCCUCCACUGGCUGGACCUGAAGGGCCUACAAGCCAAGCGGACUGUUUGCUCAUAGUUCCCUUCCGACCC